AUGGAUUGCCAAAAGCAGACCGGCAGCGCGUUCUACCUGAGUCUGAACAUCGAACUAUACAACAUCCAGAUUCUAUCUCCAACAAAGCCUUCGUUCCUGAGCCGAGAGGUUAAACCGGGCCUUGUCGAUCGGUAUGCCGAGUGUCCGCAAUGUCAUGUCCAGCUUUGGGCUAGUAAUCACCUGGGUGAGGCAGUCGUUGAGCUGAGAGUUGGCACACUGGACUUCCCGUCGCUCAUGGAGCCGGAUAUACACAUUCACGUGGAAAGUAAGCUGGAUUGGGUCACUUUGCCUGAGGGCGCGAAGACGGCGCAAAGAGGCCAUGAUUACAAGACGUCGUGGCCCAAGAGUAGUCUCAAGAGAUUGGAUAUCUGCCUGGAAAGAGCGGAAGAGAUGAAGAAGAGGAGGGCUGCUGCGAUGAGGGGGAGUGCUCAUGGCACGAGUGAAGAUGAGGAGACUACGGAUGGGAACGUGGUGGUCGAAGGAAGUGGAGAGGGUGACAAGACGCCAACCGCAGGAGAUCUUGGGGGCGACGAGGAUGAUGAGGCUGAGGAACAGAGAUUUAGGGAGACCGAGAAGGCGUUGCUGGAGCGGUUGGAGCGGUUGAGCUUGAAGCUGCAGAAUGAGGAAGGAACGAAAAAAGUGGUGGAGACGUGUCUCGAGGACCCCAACAAGACCUCAUAA